AUGAACGAGACGGAUCAUUUGGUUUAUGGUAGCAAUGGGGUUUUCUCAACUUUAUCCAUGAACAGCACGCCUUUAGGGUCUUGUUGUUGUCGUCAGAGAGCGUUUGCGCUCGGUUUUGGGGUGUGUUGGUACCGUGGGGUACCAGCUGCUACUGCUACUGCUACUGCUACUGCCGUUUCAACGAGUAGAUAUGUGCAGCAGCCACGGUUGUUGAAACCUAGCCGCAGUCCCUUGCUGAAACGGGUGGCGAGUCCACGAACACGGGCGCCACGUCUUCCGGAAACGGACGCUCGGUCUGGCAUAUGGCAGGUGAACACGUUGCGAGCGAACGCCGCCACCGACGACGACACCGACGACGACGACAGUAACCCAAACCCAGACGAGCCUGCUAUGGCGGGAGCAGCGGCCUCGAGCAGUGAGGCUGAGCCGCCGCCCCAGGAAAGCACUGCUGCAGAUUCGUCGACGUUUCACCGGCGCGGACGACCACGACGCAGUGAGCGGUGUCCAGGCUGUCUUGCUCGCGGUAAGCUACGCUGCGAUCGUUGCGCCGGCUCUGGACACAUGGGCGGUGUACGUUGCGAGGUAUGUUUUGGAUUCGGGAAGACGCGCUGUAGUCAGUGCGGCGGCACCGGGUUCAUUCUCAAAGAAGGUGACUAG